AUGUCUGGAGCCCUUGAUGCCCUGCAAGUGAAGGAGGAGGAUGUCCUCAAAUUCCUUGCAGCGGGAACCCACUUAGGUGGCACCAACUUUGACUUCCAAAUGGAACAGUACAUCUACAACAGGAAAAGUGAUGGCAUCUACAUCAUAAAUCCGAAGAGAACCUGGGAGAAGCUUCUGUUGGCAGCUCGUGCCAUUGUUGCCAUUGAAUUCCCAGCUGAUGUCAGUGUCGUAUCCUCCAGGAAUACUGGCCAGCAAGCUGGGCUGAAGUUUGCUGCUGCCACUAGAGCCACUCCUAUUGCUGGCCGGUUCACUCCUGGAACCUUCACUAACCAGAUCCAGGCAGCCUUCCGGGAGCCAAGACUUCUGGUGGUUACUGAUCCCAGAGCUGACCACCAGCCUCUCACAGGGGCCUGUUACGUUAACCUGCCUCCCAUUGCUCUGUGUAACGCAGACUCUCCGCUGUGCUAUGUGGACAUUGCCAUCCCGUGCAACAACAAGGGAGCUCACUCAGUGGGUCUGAUGUGGUGGAUGCAAGCCUGGGAAGUUCUGCACAUGCGUGGGACCAUCUCCUGUGAACACCCAUGGGAGGUCAUGCCUGAUCUCUACUUCUACAGAGAUCCUGAAGAGAUUGAAAAGGAAUAACAGGCAGCAGCUGAGAAAGCUGUGGCCAAGGAGGAAUUUCAGGGUGAAUGGACCACUCCUGCUCCUGAGUUCACUGCUAUCCAACCUGAGGUGGCGGACUGGUCCAAAGGCAUGCAGGUGCCCUCUGUGCCCACUCAGCAGUUCCCCACUGAAGACUGGUCUGCAGCUCCGACUGCUCAGGCCACUGAGUGGGUAGGAACAACCCCUGAGUCGUCUUAA